GUUAAAGAUAACUCAGCCUAAAAUAUAAUACGAACUAUUGCCAUGGGAGCUACUGAAUCAAAAAUUGACCCACAGUUUUUGUCUCGUUUUGUGUUAGAUUCUAAAAGGUUCGAAAACGAUGAGUACUGGAAACACUUAUUUCGCUCACCCGUUACACGAGAGUUUCUUCAAAAUCAUUUGUCAAUAGAUCUUAUACGGAAAGCUCGACAGAGUCGAAACCCUAAUUUAGUUGAUUUUUUUCAUAAAGUGUUAGACGCGCUACAAGAAGUCAUUGACUGUGGCCAUAAGGGAAAUCUUGGAGGAGCCGGAUGUUCUGUCGCUCGUAAUUGCUUAUGUCUGCUAACUCAUAUUUUACCUGUAUUUCUUGAAAUUCCCCUACCACAUGAACUAAAUUUUUUGGAGACUUCAAAUAGAUCUCAACAAAUCGUUUCAGAUUCUUCUUUUGUUUAUACUCUAUUUUGGUUAGCGCCACACCAAAAUUCCACAAAAGGAAACAUUGCAUUUGAUGAUAAUUUACAUAAAGGACAAAUUAACAAAAAAGAUUAUCCACCUAAUCAAAUAAUCGGGAAUGAAGAUGUGAAGGGGAAUAGCAUAGAAAAGCUAAAAGUCCAAGUAAUGAUGACAGAUAAUUCAGCACAUAAAUUGGUUGGAGAGUUGGACAAAAAGACAGACUGCAAGAAGCAUUUAAGUAAUUCUUCAGAGGCAACACAAGAUUUUGAAGAAAGUAUUAAUCUUAACUUAACAAACACUAAAGUUAGCGUGAAGCAGACUCGUUCAAAUUUAGAGGAAAAUACAAAUAUUUUGAGACAAUCGACCGACGGUAUAGAAAACACGGAAGAUCAAGUGAAUCAUACAAACUGUUACAUUGACAAAACAACAGGCGACAGAAAUCAGAAAGAUUCCUCUAUAGAUAAGACCACAGAAAAUGCGCAAGAGAUAACUUGUUGCGUAAACAAGGACGUAGAUGACCCCAAAAAGUCAUAUUCCUCCGCGAAAAAAAUAAGAAAUGAAGCGGAAGAGCCUUGUUGUUGCGUGAAGAAAACGGGAGAUGAAAAAACGGGAGAUGAAGCGGCAGAGCCUUGUUGUUGCGCGCGAAAUUACGAAAAGGCAUUGGACAAUUCAACGAAAGAAGGAAAACGGGAUAGCAACGUAAGCCAGACGGCGGAACAGUUACAGAAAGUAAUUAAUGAAGAACCUCUCGAAGCUGCAAAAAUGCCAAAUAAGAAUAGCGACAAUCCUGUGGUUUGUGAAGGGAAUAGCGUUAUAAGGGAACGUGUGGAUGAACUAAACAAGAACCUUGAACAACUGAAUUUAAUCGGUGGCUCGUUUUCUGGGUCAGGUGAAGAAGAACAAAUGCAACCACUUGCUAUAAAAAUUUUGUCAGCAUUACAACACCUUCUUUUUUUAAAAAAUUUUACACUUCUAAUUCCCAAUGUGGUUUUUCCCGAAAACUACGUGUCUCCACGCCAAAAAGUGAAUGCACAACUGCUCUGGAAUGGAGUUGUGGGAGGAGGAAAAAACUCUUCGUAUUGCAAGCUUAGCAACGACAUAUAUUCUAAUAGAAAAGCGGUGUUGACGUGUUUACUUGUAUGCCUAUCGUCACAAGUUUAUAGAAGUCAACUAACAAGAAUCAAAAGUCCGCCGUGUUUAUGGUUGUGGGUUUUUACACAAGGAUCAAUGCCAUAUAUUGGCAAUUUAUAUUGCUCUUUAAUGAGCUUAGUUUUUUCAAAAACGUCUUCCUCACUUUUAGGUUUUGAAUUCGGAUCUUCAAAGGCGUCUUUCAGUUAUGAAAAUGACUUGCGAAGCAUAGCGGCAAAACUUUUUUGUGUGUUGAUCAAUUUUGAUACUUCGUCUAAAUGUGAAAUCCCGCUUGAGACAAAAAAAAUUUUACUUUCAAAUCGAGAUGCAAAUCAGGAUGAAAUUAUUUCUUUAUCAAAUUCAAAUCAUGAACUUCCAAAGCCUCAAUUUUUCAAUAUCUACCGUCUAAUGUUAGCUGCAAUGAAAAAUGAGAAGGAAAUUGCAGCAGUUUAUGAUGAAAUUUGUUCACAAAUAAAAUCUUCCUCCGGAGCGUUUCACUCAAAAUUUUCUUCUCCUUCAACAUUGAAGAAUUCUUGUACAGAAGAACACUUAUUAAUUUUAUGGAAUUUGCUUAUUUCAAAUAAAUGGUUUUUACAGCAUGCGACACAGAAAAAUUCGAUUUCAAAAUUACUGGUUCCGUUGUUGUAUACUAUGUUAGAAGCCUCUGCAUUUUUGCAUGAACCUAUUAGCAGUGAAAAGAAGCAUAGUAUGGAAACAUCUAUUGUAACAGGGGUUCUUCAUCUGUGUUCUCUGAUAGUAUUUGUAUUGUCGGCUGAACGGGAAUUCGCGACACAAGCCAAUGAACAAUUUAAUGAAACGCUUCCCUUUAAUUUUACUUUUUAUCAGGGUUCUUACGCAGACUUCAUUAUUUUAUCUUUUUAUCAAAUUUGUACCAGUGAAUUGAUGUCUGUAGAAAAUGAAUCUUUAAUUGACAUAUUUUUAACAACUCUUUGCAACAUGUCACCCUAUCUUCGAAGCUUAUGCCCGGAGAGCUCUAUGAAACUUGUUUCCUUGUUUCAACGGCUUUCGCGACCCCACUGGUUAUUCGAACAACCGUAUCGAUACCGCAACACUUUUUUACUUUUUGAGAUAUUUGAUAAUAUUAUACAAUAUCAAUAUACGGGAAACUAUAAUUUAAUUUAUUCCAUCUUGCGUCAAAAAAAUGUGUUUGAAGCUUUUCAUUUUUUGGAAUUUACCAAAUUUCCCGAAAAUGUGCCUCAGAAAUCACCGGAUAAUACAACCCCUGAUACACAUCAACAAGAAACACAUGCAUCCAGACACACGCCUAAAACGUCAACUGAGCCUUGGUGUGCCACUCAAGAAUGGUUUGAUACGUGGAAAGCGGAAGCUCCGACGCAAACAGUGAUGUGUGUUAUUAACAAGCUUAUUCCAUUGGUGAACGAUAUGUGCGCUAAUGAUGAAUUUCCUGAGCAAACAGCUAUUAUUGAUAUGAUUAAGAGCACCAUGCUAGUGGGAAUUUUACCGGUUCCUCCUUCCAUUUUAAUACGGAAUUAUGUACCUCACAUAACAACAAAUCAAUGGUUUGUCACCUUUACAUGGAGAAUCAUUGCCUUAAAAUUACGCAAUGAAUUUCGUCUCCCAAAUCUUUUGUUGUUUAACAUUGAAACAACUGAGUAAAUUCACACAUGAAAUGAUUCCCAUUCAUGUUUAAAAUAAUUCAAAUGUGUUUUUUAUUCCUACUUUAUUCAUAUAUCACAUUAAAAUUCUUUUUUUUUUUUAAUUUGCUAUUUCAUUGUUGUAAUAAUAAAAAUUUUUUUUUUUAAUAAGAAAACGGAAUUAUGUAUUAAAUCCAUUUACCAUUUGAUAAGUGACAAAAAAUAUUCAAAAUAAUCAUUUUACUCGUUACAUAAAGCCAAUUGAAAUCAGUUUCAAAAAUAUCAUCCAAUUAAAGAACACAUUGUGAAUUAAAAAUAAAUUAU